UAAAGACUGAAACGCGUCAAACUUUUCCUUUUUUUCUUUCUUUUUCCUUUAUUCUCAUUUAAUAUUUAAUAUGCCUCUUCAUCCUACUGUACUUUGGGCUCAAAGAGCUGAUGUUCUUUACUUGACUGUUGAAAUUUCUGAUAUCAAGAACCACAAGAUUGAUUUGACUGAAGACAAGCUUCGAUUCACUGGUGUUGGUGAAAAAGAAGAAAAUGAAUAUGAAGCCGAAAUUGAAUUCUACAAGCAAAUUGAUGUUGAGAAAUCAAAGCAACAUUUAACACCUCGUAACCUGACAAUGGCUAUUUACAAGAAAGACGAAGGCUGGUGGCCUAAGCUUCAAAAGGGUGACAAGCUCAAUUUUGUCAAGACUGAUUUCCAAAAAUGGAGAGAUGAAGAUGAUGAGGAAGAGGAAGGUGAGGCUGCUGACCCUAUGGGUGGUUUAGAUUUCCAAAGCUUGAUGGCUCAAGCUGGUGCUGCUGGUGGAUUACCUAAUAUGGAUGAUAAUAUGCCUGAAGCUGAUGAAGACAGUGAUGACGAACAAGAGGAAGCCAACAAGGCUUAAAGAAAAAGGAACAUAAAAACAAGAGAGAAAACGUAUAUGGUUAGAUAUGAUAAUAAAGCGUUAAUUCACUCUUUGAA